GAUGCAACUGGAGUGACAACGCCCUCUCCGCGUCCAGGUGGCACUCGGGAGGCUAAUCGGCUUGCUAAGGCCGACGGGCCUCGGCGUUUUGGGAAUGCGGAGCAAACGUAGCACAAAGGGACGUCGGCUUUUCGCUCCCCGCCGGCCGCACUCAGGACCGGCUGGUUCGAACGUGGAGAUUCCAGGGCGUCCGGCGUUCUAGAACCAAGCCCGUUCCCGGUGACAGAGUGCCAAAGGCGGGGGUCACCCCGGGACAAGCUCGGAGCCCGAACUUAGCGGAGGCGCCUCCUUCGCAGAGGGUCGGCUGAGGUAGGCCGGCGGCGGCGCACCCCGCUGCUUGACAGCGCCGUCGAGAGGCUCCUCCUCCUCCUCCUCCGCCUCCUCCAUCCGCUUUCCCGAGCGCAGCAUGGCGGUCAAGGUUCAGAUAACCAAAAGAGCAGAUCCAAAUGAACUACGUAACAUAUUUUUGCAGUAUGCCACUGUUGAACAGAGUGGAGAACGUUACAUGACACCUGAAGAUUUUGUGCGGCGAUACUUGGGACUGUAUACUGAACCUCAUUAUAAUCCUAAAACGGUGGAUUUAUUGGCAGGAGUAGCAGAUCAGACAAAAGAUGGGUUAAUUUCCUUCCAAGAGUUCUUGGCAUUUGAGUCAGUUUUGUGCACACCAGAUGCAAUGUUCAUUGUUGCUUUCCAGUUGUUUGACAAGAGUGGCAAUGGCGAAGUGACCUUUGAAAAUGUAAAAGAAAUAUUUGGACAGACCAUUAUUCAUCAUCACAUCCCUUUUAACUGGGAUUGUGAAUUCAUUCGAUUGCACUUUGGACAUAAUAGAAAGAAACAUCUGACAUACUCAGAAUUCACUCAGUUUUUGCAGGAGCUGCAGUCAGAACACGCAAGACAAGCAUUUGCACUGAAAGACAAAAACAAAUCUGGCUUGAUCACUGGCCUAGAUUUCAGCGAGAUCAUGGUUACUAUCCGUCCACACAUGCUUACUCCUUUUGUGGAAGAGAACUUAGUAUCAGCUGCAGGUGGAUCUGUCUCGCAUCAAGUCAGCUUUUCCUACUUCAAUGCUUUUAAUGCUCUGUUGAACAACAUGGAACUUGUUCGAAAGAUAUAUAGUCUCCUAGCAGGCACUAGAAAGGAUGUAGAAGUUACGAAAGAGGAAUUCUCUCAGUCUGCCAUCAAAUUUGGACAAGUUACACCUUUGGAAAUUGAUAUUCUCUACCAGCUGUCUGACCUGUAUAAUGCUACUGGACGCUUGACACUGGCAGAUAUUGAGAGAAUUGCACCCUUGGCUGAAGGAGCCCUACCUUACAACCUGGCGGAACUGCAGAGACAGCAAUCUUACGGUGAUCGGGGCAGGCCUAUCUGGCUCCAGGUAGCUGAGUCGGCUUACAGGUUCACUUUGGGCUCAGUUGCUGGAGCUGUGGGAGCUACUGCUGUGUAUCCUAUUGACUUGGUAAAGACUCGCAUGCAGAACCAGCGCUCCACUGGCUCGGUGGUAGGAGAGCUGAUGUACAAAAACAGUUUCGAUUGUUUUAAGAAGGUUUUGCGCUACGAAGGCUUUUUUGGCCUUUACAGAGGGUUACUUCCACAGCUCAUUGGUGUUGCUCCAGAAAAAGCCAUAAAGCUUACAGUCAAUGACUUUGUCAGAGAUAAAUUCACUCAAAGAGAUGGUUCCAUCCCACUGUUUGCAGAGAUCUUCGCAGGAGGCUGUGCAGGAGGUUCACAAGUCAUCUUCACGAACCCACUGGAGAUUGUCAAGAUUCGCUUGCAGGUAGCAGGAGAAAUCACCACUGGACCCAGAGUUAGCGCCCUCACCGUUCUGAAGGACUUGGGGAUUUUUGGACUGUAUAAGGGAGCCAAGGCCUGUUUUCUCCGAGACAUUCCCUUUUCUGCAAUCUAUUUUCCUGUGUACGCUCAUUGUAAACUGAUGCUUGCAGAUGAAAAUGGUCACGUGGGAGGGCUUAAUCUCCUUACAGCUGGUGCUAUUGCAGGUGUGCCUGCGGCUUCUUUGGUGACUCCUGCUGAUGUCAUCAAGACGAGACUGCAAGUAGCUGCUCGGGCUGGCCAGACAACAUACAGUGGAGUUAUUGAUUGCUUUGCGAAGAUACUUCGGGAAGAAGGACCUUCUGCCUUUUGGAAGGGAGCUGCAGCCCGAGUGUUCAGAUCCUCACCCCAAUUUGGUGUUACUUUACUAACUUACGAACUUCUGCAGCGUUGGCUCUAUGUGGAUUUUGGAGGCAUCAAGCCCUCUGGCUCAGAACCUCAUCCCAAGUCUCGAAUCUCAGGCCUGCCUCCUGUUAAUCCUGAUCACCUUGGUGGGUACCGGCUUGCCACAGCUACUUUUGCUGGAAUUGAAAACAAAUUUGGGCUUUCUCUUCCAAAAUUUCGAGCGAAUGCCACUCCUGUGCAAACCAAAGCAGCAGCUUGAAUCCUGAGCUGACUUUUCCAGCAGGUAAAAGCAGCCACAAAGGACAGAUCCGAGAACAGUCCUUGGCCUUCCAGCCAGCUGCAUGACACUUUACUGAACAGAGACUGAAUCAUUGCUUCUUUCUAUACAAAGAUACACUUGUCGUUCGCACACGGGAGAUUGAUUCAGGCUUUACGAUCAAGCCAUUGAUCGCUUCUCCUCUUCUGAUGGCUUGAAUUAGUACCCAGGGCUUGGCUUUGCACAGCUUGCACUCCAUGUUACUGUACAUAUUGUACAUCUUUGUACAGAGACAUCAUCAUGCCAUUGAAAUUGCAGUUGCAUUUCUAGAAACAGAUAUUGCAGUUCUAAAUAGUUUGAAAUGUACAGACUGUUUUGAAAGUGUUUUACUAAAAAUCAUGUGACAAUAAAAUGUAUUUAAAACCAGA